CUUCAGUAGAGUAAAGCACUCUUCAUGUGUUCGCCCCGACUUGGAAGCAGAGACGUCGGUGCGGUCGUGCAGGUAAAAAGUUAUAUAUGAUUUAUGCCAUAUAAUUUCGGUAUCAUUCUGUUUUGGCUCGGUCAGCAACUUUUCGAGUGUAAUCAUGAUGUCGGUUGGCAACAUGUUGUCAUGGAGAUGGGCGCGGUGUAGUUGCAGAUUUAUUGGCUCUGGCGCCAGUCCACCACCUUCAUGAUCAACAUUGAAUCGCUGUUGAGGACGUUCUCGGUGUGGUAAGUUAAUAGCUGUUGACCUUUUGAUCAUGGUGUCCUCCUCUUCCUCGGUUGACACAGCAAUACGCUUCUUUUACCGGCGUUCAUAUUAAUUCGGUUAUCCUCUGGUGGUGUCUACUCACGACCACGUUUUCUGGUGAGGCGUGUACAAUCGGUCGCUAGUAUACAUGAAUCCAUCUUCAACUUCCACCGACGAGCCCAUGUAGUUUUUCUUUUUUCAUCAUCCAACAUCGUUCUUCUUACAUUCCUACUUUCAGUUCCAAGAUUUUUUCCGACUUCUAUCGAGUUGAUGUAUAAUCAAACUUCGUAGUAAAUUCUUUUUACUCAGUACCAUGAUGAAGAUGUCUAGUAUGAUACAUUGCUUCUAUCGCGCAGCUCUUCUCGGCUACUUCUACUUCUUAGCGCAUGAUGAAGAGUUCGAAAAAGGAAACCAGAAAUUAUAUGCAAAUCCCUUGCUGGUGACGCGCUGCCGCUUUUAGAAAAGUGUUUUUCGCUUGCGACUACGUACUGGUAUCUAUUGUGUUCAACGAAUUCCAUGGAGAAUUGUUCCUGGCCGGAGAUGAUCCAUUCAAUCUUUAGGCCGAUCAUAAUUCCCACCAAAUAGAUAUAAUCAUCAUGUGCUGGUGAGGAGCAUCAGGACUGCAGCUGAACACACCUGCUCGGUUUGGAUUUCCUUGAUGUCUUUUCCAGCACGCGCCGCGCCAGACAUAAGAGAAAGGAGAACGUUGCACCAGCAGCUUCUCCAAGACCGUGUCUCUCUAGAGCAAGUUGACAUCGGUAUUGGAAAGGUAUAUAAAAAGUUAUAACUUAUAAUUCCAUAUUUCGGCUCUUGUGUAGUUGCCUCGGUCAGCAACUUUUGUUUCGAAUAUAGUCAUGAUGUCGGGUGGCAACAUGGUCAUGGACCACUCGGUGUUGCAGAUUGGCUCUGGCCCCAGUCAAUGUCUACCUUCAUGAUCAACAUUCAAUCGCUGUUGAGGACGUCAGUGUGGUAAAGUUAAUUGCUGACCUUCUAAUCAUGGUGUCUGUGCUCCUCCCCCUCGGCCUCGGUUGACACAGCAAUAGCUUCUUUUACGUUCAUACUUAUUCGGUUGAGAAUAUUGGUUGCUUCUCUGGUGUCUACUAGUACAAGUACGCAAAAGCGCGUUUUCUGGUCGGCGUGUACUUCUUCUAUCGGUCGCUACUACAAUAAAUCCAUCUCAUUUUUUUACUACUUUUGGCGACGAACGCGGAUGUAGAAGUUUUUCUUUUUUCAUCAUCCAGCAUCAUUCUUGUCCUCUGACAUUCCUCCUUUCAGUUCCAAGAUUUUUCCCGACCAUCGAGUUGAUGUAUUAAACUUCUAGUAAAUUGAAAUUCUUUCGGCUUAUCAUGAGCAGCAUGAAGAUGUCUAGCAAGAAAUGCAAAAUACAUUGCAGCUCUCGCGCAGCUCUUCUCGGCUACUUCUUAGCGGAUAGUCCGCCUCUCAGCAGCGUCUUCUUGGACAAAAUUUCUGGGUCUUUCUAUUAUACUGCGCACCAGGAAUAUGGAUGUGUCAGAGUUGAAAUCGACAAAGUUGAAAUAAUUUGCCAUGCAUAAAAUGGAUCUCAGUUGGAACCCAGUUUCCAAGUGGCGCAUGACAAAUUUCGGUGGUCCCUAAAUCCAGUUUGUCAUGCUGUUUAGGCGAAGAAGAGCGAUUUUCUCAUGCUACUUUAGCAACUCGAGCUGUAACCCCAAACAGGCUCACAAUCGGCCUCACUUGCCUGCUCUGCAACACACGCGCCUCGGGUCAUGCAUUUUAUGCAUUACAAAUUAUUUCAACUUUGACGAUUUCAAACCUGACGCUUCCAUAAGGAAGUCCAAGUCGAAGUAGUCCAAGUCGGUCUGCAACAUCGCAGCUUCAACAUCGGCGUGGCAGCGGAACUGUUGAACUUAUCCUGUGCAAAAGUAUCGUAUUCGUAUAAAGGCAAGUCUUGCAUUACAAAUCUUUAUCUGAAGGGAAAUCCGCAUUACAAAUUUUCUGUCUCAUGCUGUUUGAGGAAAUUUGUAAUGCAUUUAUACGAGUACGAUACUCUUGCAGUUCAUAAAGCUUGCCUCAGACGAUGAAGGUAUCAACUGGAAACAUGUCUGGGUCUCCUAGAAGGAUGCGAACUUGUCAUGCAGAUUUUACAUGGAGGCCCGUGACGUCUGUGAUGUAUUUCCCUGGCAUCACAGAUUUUCUGAGUGCUUCUUAAUUCCUAUUCCGCAUGACAAAUGGGUUCGUCCCCGCGUAGCAGAAACUGGACUCCUCUUGCUGUUCAUGCAAUACAGAUUUUUCUAGAGUCCAACGUUAGCAUCACAAGUUCCAACUUUCCAGACCCAGACACUUUUGCAAUCCAUAGAAGGAUGCGCGGGACCAAAUCGCGGCUGCGGAGAUUGAAGGGCCGUGGCGCGUGGCUCCGGGCAUAGGGCUAUGAGAAUGCAUCACUUGUCCCCCUCCCCCUCAUUUGUAUUGCAUGAACAGCAAUGCAAGCGUCAGCAAGAAUACAGGUUUUGCAUGACAACUUUGGACAGGAGUGCAAUGCUAUUUGGGCUGUGUCAGAACUUGUCAUGCAAACAGUGUCAAGAGCCAAGGCGUAAGUUAGGUAUUUUGCAUGACAAAUGAGGGGGAGGCGGGGGGGUUGUGCAACUCUCAUAAGGGCAGCAACAUCGCAGCUUCAACAUCGGCGUCGCGGCGGAACUUCUCGGGGAAAAAAACCAAAAUGAGCAGCAGCAACGACAGCUGGAAAUAACCAGGUGGCUCUGGCCGCUCGGCACGACUUCCUUCUGGGACUCCUUUCCUCCGUCGCCGCGGACCGCUUCGUCCACAGGAAAUAAGGAAAAACACAACACGAGGAACAAGGCGGGCAAUAAACAAGAGAAGCCGCCCGCCAGCAUGACAUCGAGCCCCUCUAGUAGAAGUAGUUCCACUUCGGUGCAAAGAGCAAGAGCCGUCGAGCAGUCCUCAAAGGGUGGUGCUGAUACCAACGAACACCAGAAGUUGGACCAGCAAGAGAAGUCGGAACAAAGCGAAAGCCAGGAUCUUCUGGCACAACUUCCGGAUGAAGAAGUACAAUUAGGACCGGGGACGAAAAAUGUUGGAACUGCGCCGGCUGUUGACAACAUUUCUGACACAACAACUUCGUCGGCCGAUGAUGUCUCUGAAGAUGGAGUUUCGACUUCUUCUCUUUCAUCAGCAGGGGCCGCUUCUUCCACUUCCUCUCCCAGUACUACAGUCAUCACCUCCAUCGCGGACGUGCACGGGGAUUUUGCCACCACCGUGAAAGCCUUGCAACUUGCGAACAUCAUCGACGCAAACCACGACUGGAUCGCGGGGACACAGACCUUGGUAUGCUGUCGUGCAAGAGUAUCGUAAACUCGUGCUAAUUGCAGAUUUGCAUUACAGAUCUACGUUUUCUACUUCAAGUAGGUAAAUCCGCAUUACAAAUUAAGUCUGUAAUUCUGAGCCAAUUUGUAUAUGCAAUUUAUACGUCGUUGUAGUGCGAUACUUAUUUUGCAAUGGAUACUUGGUGCAGAACGGCGAUGUUGUCGACCGCGGAAACCACGCACUAUGCAUUGCAAAGACCCCUGGAUGUGGUCUGGAAGGUUGCAAGAACUUGUGAUGCUGUUUGUAGAUUCUAGAAAAACUGGUAUUGCUUGACCAGCAAGAGGAGCCACGUUCUUUGUGCUACGCGGGGACGUCGAGGGUAUUUCUCAUGCGGAACAGGCAUGCUCAGGAAGGGUUCGAAAAAACUGUGACGGUAGGGCAUACAUCACAGACACUCAUGGAUCACGCAUGACAUGCCUGGAAAUCUUCCAGACCCAGACAUGUUUGCAUUUGAUACGCGCGCGAGAUCUACGAUUUACUUUUCAAGUUGCAGGACCAGGCCGCUGCCGCUGGCGGGAAGGUGGUGUUGAUUCUGGGAAACCACGAGCAGAUGCGCAUGCAGGGAAUCCUGAAGUACCAGGGCCGGCACGAAUCCAGUUGGGCGGCACAAGAAGAGAACAAGAGCCCGGAAGCUGGAGAACAAGAAGUAGAUGCGCCGGGUGCGGCACGACCUGUGAACAAGAUUCUGUCCGCAAAGGAAAAUGCUCUGGCGGGCGAAAAAGCCUGGGCACCGGGGGGCUGGCUACAUUCCGAAAUCGAACGAAGAUUUACGGCGAUGGCAGUCGUUGGAAAGUCUCUCUACCUGCACGCGAGCUUGCAGAAGGUGUUUUUGGAAGAGCUGAACUACUUUGCGAGAGAAGUUGUAGUGGCUGAAAGGAGAAGAGCUCGACAAGAAUCUUCAGAAGUGGGUGGGCUCCCCUAUGACCUGCUCAGAUAUUACAAUCUCAAACGUUACAUAUAGAAUCUGGGUUUCGUGUUGCAUAAUAAGCAUGACAGACUCGCAGAGCGUUCCACUUUCUGCAAUACAAAUUUCGCCGGAUUGUAGUGAGGUUUGGGACUCUGGAACUUGUCAUGCGCAAUCCUGUGAGAGUGGGCUAGGACAUGCGCUCUUGCAUCACAGAUCUCCAUAUUCUAUUAAAACGUUUGAGAUUGUAACAGCUGAGCAGGUUAUAUCCCCCUGCCUGGGGACCAGGACGAUGAGAGCGAGGACUCAGUAUGAAAGCCCCAGGUUGGAAAUCCUCAGAGUGGAAAUAGUUUGUGAUGCAGGAGAGCACUCCAGUUGAAGCGCCACUUCUAGGCGGCGCAUGACAAAUUUACCGGGCACUCAAAGUAGCAUGCCUGUCAUGCUGGUUAACGCAAAGGGGUGCCUUUCUCUCGUGCUAAGCAGCACUCCAAUUCUUAACCCGUAGCAGGACGAUGGUCGGCUUCCAUUGCGUCCUCUGCAAUACAGCCUUUGCGUCGCAUUUCAUCAUGCAUCACAAAUUAUUUCCACGUUGAGGGUUUCCAUUCUGAGGCUUUCAUACUCAGACGAAGAUUCAGAUUCCCUCUACUCUUACCCCGGUGAUUCUGAAGACCUUCCCUUGCCGCUCUCUCCCAACCUGCGAGAGAAGGUGAUCCAACUAUUCAACGAAAACACGUUCAAGGCGCUCCGGUACGAAAACGACGACGACGGGGAGAACUACUUCUGGGUCGACAGCAAGCGGUCCGUCUUCUGUAUGCAAGAAAAAAACUGUGUAUAGUGUAAAUCUGUGUUGCAGGGGAUGAAAGACACUUACACUUGUCAUGCUGGACAUGCGUCAGAGGUUUGCAGCUUCGUACGUGUUUUCACGUACUAGCUGCGCAUGCGAGAUUUUCUCUUUCAUGCAGUAGAGCACAUUUGUGAUGCUGUUCCUCCACGAAUAAAGUUACACUUACACACUUUUUUGCUUGGAUAUUCUGGUCGCGCGAUUACGCAGCAGAAUGUGACUACGGGAGUCUCAGGAUCGAAAUCGUCAAAGUUGAAAUGGUUUGUCAUGCAUAAAGCCGAUACCAGUUGGAAGCCCACUUAUCAAGCGGCGCGCCGCAAAUUUUCGGAGCUGCACCGGGAUCCAAUUUGUCAUGCUGUUUGGACAAAGAAGACUGCUUUUGUCAUGCUCCUUUAGGAGCUCUAUCCCAAAUAACCCUAAGUAGGCUCACAACCUGCCUCACUUGCCAUCCCGGCAAGACAGGCAAUUCAUGCCUUGCAUUCUAUGCCUGACAAAUCAUUUCAACUUUGUCGAUUUCAAACCUGACGCUUCCAUAGUGACCUGAUGGGGGAAAUUGC